AUUUCGAGCGCUCAUUGGGCUUGGGACGGACUUUCAUCUCACCAUGCCUCAGAAUGAAUAUAUUGAGGAGCAUAUCAAACGACAUGGACGACGGUUAGAUUACUAUGAGCGAAAGCGCAAGCGUGAAGCACGUGAAGCACAUCGUUCGUCCGCAACCGCUCAAAAGUUAUUUGGUCUGAAAGCCAAGCUUCUUCACGCUAAGCGACAUGCCGAGAAGGUUCAACUCAAGAAAACUCUUAAAGCACAUGACGAGCGAAAUGUCAAACAAAAAGACUCCGGCUCUGUUCCUGAUGGUGCUUUGCCCACAUACCUUCUCGAUCGCGAGGGACAGAAGGAUGCCAAGGCAUUAUCGACUGCCAUCAAGGAGAAACGAAAAGAUAAAGCUGCCAAGUAUGCUGUGCCGUUGCCUAAAGUCAGAGGGAUUGCGGAAGACGAGAUGUUCAAGGUUAUGCGGACUGGAAAGAGCAAGAAGAAGGCAUGGAAGAGGAUGGUGACGAAGGCGACGUUCGUUGGAGAGGGUUUCACGAGAAAACCGGUGAAAAUGGAGAGAUUCGUCAGACCAAUGGCACUUCGGUAUAAGAAAGCAAAUGUCACACAUCCUGACCUCAAAGCAACAUUCCAGUUGCAAAUCCUCGGUGUCAAGAAAAACCCACAGUCACCAAUGUAUACCCAACUCGGUGUUCUUACCAAGGGUACCGUUAUCGAGGUCAAUGUUUCGGAGCUUGGUAUGGUGACUGCUGGAGGAAAAGUUGUAUUUGGGAAGUACGCCCAGAUCACCAACAAUCCCGAAAAUGAUGGAUGCAUCAACGCCGUUCUACUUGUUUGACGACGCUCGUUAAGAGUCAUAAUGGCUGUAUCUCGUAGGUUUAUGUAUACUCUUACCCCAUGCCCAUACGUGCUUUGAUUCUACAUAUAUGCUGCACUAAUAGACGGAUGUAUUAUUG